CGCGAGCUGAGGAAGCCGGCGCGGUUGUGGCGUAAGUUCGAUAGCUCGGCUCUCUUCAAAGCGGCAGCAGGAGCAGGAGCAGCAGCAGCGCUCGACCCAGGGUCUCCUGCGCGGUGAUGGCGGCCAAUCAACCGCCUCCUCCCAAACCGUGGGAGAACCGGCGCCUAUCUGCUGAUGUAGGAAUAAGUCAAGUAACUAGACCUGGACAGCCCACGCUCACUCGUAUUCCGCCUCCUAUUCUGCCAAGGCCUUCACAACAAACUGGGAGUACUGCUCUGAACACCUUCAGACCUGCAUAUGGCAGCUCUUUUUCUGGAGGCUAUGGCACGUAUGGAAAUUCUUUUUAUGGAAGUUACAGCCCAUAUAAUUGUGGAUAUGGUGGCUUGGGCUACAGUCGUUUUCGAAUGGAUGAUAUUCCUACCAGUCGAUUUGUUCAGCAAGCUGAGGAAAGCAGCCGGGGUGCAUUUCAGUCCAUUGAAAGCAUAGUCCAUGCAUUUGCCUCUGUCAGCAUGAUGAUGGAUGCUACAUUUUCAGCUGUCUACAACAGUUUCCGAGCUGUAUUGGAUGUUGCCAAUCACUUUUCCAGGCUCAAAAUACAUUUUACCAAGGUGUUUUCAGCCUUUGCAUUAGUCAGAACUAUAAGGUAUUUCUACAGAUGGCUGCAGAGGUUACUGGGUAUGAGAAGGAGCUCAGAGAAUGAUGAUUUGUGGGCAGAAAGCAAAGGAACUGUGGCCUGCAUUGAUAAGGAAGAUAAGGCAGCUAACUCUGCAAAAUCCUGGCCCAUAUUCCUAUUCUUUGCUGUGGUUUUAGGUGGUCCCUACCUUAUAUGGAAGCUACUAUCCACCUACAGUGAUGAUGAAACAGUUUCCAGUGACUGGGCCAGUGGAGAGGAUGAUCAUGUUGUUGGAAGAGCAGAAUAUGACUUCAAUGCUAUUUCAGAAGAAGAAAUUUCUUUCCGUGCAGGUGAAAUGUUAAAAUUGGCGCCCAAAGAACGACAACCCAAGAUACGUGGCUGGCUUUUGGCCAGCCGUGAUGGUCAAACAACAGGACUCAUACCAGCUAAUUAUGUCCGAAUACUUGGUAAAAGAAAAGGGAGAAAAACCUUAGAAAUAGAGAAGAUUGCAGAGCAUCAAUCCUCAGUCAACAAUACCACUCUGGGUCAAGAAAGCACAACUGCUGGUGUUUCGGAAGAGCAAGAGGCUGCUUUUGAGUCUGUUUUUGUGGAAACAAACAAACCCCCUGUCAGAUCAAACUCUCCUCCGCUUAGUGGAAAUAAAGAAGAUUUUUGAUGCUUGAAGAUUUAUCAGAGCAAUUGGACUGCAUUGGACUGUACUCACCAAUAAUACUUUAGGGUAGUCGCUCAGUAUAGCUCACAUUUUUGUGAGCUAUAAGGAAAAUCUCUGAUUCAGGGAGAUAGCUAGCAGUAGGAAAAUUUACAGGGUUGAAACUAAUGUCUCCACUAAAUAGAAACAAAUAUAUGUAAUAUGCUUAAAAAACAAGCAAAAAGUCCAUCUAAUUGUAGUUCUAGGAUUUAUACUGAUAGAUCUCUUUUUAUGCUUCAUUAUGAAAGCUGGGGUUUUUUUUUAAUUGCUCUAUAGCAUUGCAUUUGAAGCCUGAUGUAACCCUCUUAAUUUGGAUUGGAAGUUAUUUGUUAUAUGUUAAAAGCUACGCUGCCACUCGUUCUUCCAGAUAAAUUAUGUAACAACUUCCCUCUAUUUUUUUUACUGAAACAUGUUCUGUCAAGAAUACUUCAGAGGCUCAAGCUCAGCAUAAAUUGGCAAUAUCUGUGUGUUUUAAAGUUAAUUAUGUCAUGUCACAUGCAGUCUGAGCCUAAUGAUUGAUAAAAAUGAUAAAUACAUGUUUUUCUGUAGUUGGUUUCGUCGCUUGCAAAUGCCAACUAUGUCAUUUCACUUAACAUUCUAAUUAGUAAAUCUGUAGUAAUUUCUCUAGUAAGAAUGUUGAACAUGGUUUAUGUAUCCAAAAUGUGUGAGGUGUUGCUUACAAAGCCAGAUGGAUAGGCAGAUAAAAUUUUUGCUCAUAAAAAUCACAUUAAAUAAUAUACUGAGACCAUGCCAUUUACAAUAGCCAGGAUAAAAACCUAAGUUUAUUUUGAAGAAGACUUGAUAAGUGACAAACUAACUUCAGGGUGAAAUGUAUUAGAUGAAAUAUAUAGACUUUGGAGUUCUGUAGUGCUGAUAACUUAAAAUAUUUUGAACUUACAACAAAAUUAUACACUCAUUUUUUCUCUCUCUUAGAAUAAAUGAUUUCCAAAUUGAAAAAUACAAAUUGACAUCCUUAAUUUUAAAUCAAAACUCUUUUACACAUACUUUAUUUGCAGUUUUGCUACAAAUCUUUUUUUAAGAAUUCUAAACUGUUUUGUAUCCAGUUAAAUUAUAGUAUAGAACAAAGAGCUCAAAUGAGAGUACCUUACAUGGAAAUAUUUUUUUCACCAUAGCAUUUAUGUUCAGGUCUUAAGAGUAUUUUCUCUUAAUUGCUAAGGGCCUUAAGAGUAUUUUCUUUUAUUCUUUCCAUUUAGUGAAGAAGCAAUGCAGUAAUUUUUAAUUAAAAUACUUGAAUUUCUAAUUUGAUAUGAUUAGUAGCUGAAAGCCAGAAAAAAUGAAAAACUGGGAUUAGAUUGAAGAUAGGUCAGGCCUGAAUAAUCAUUUGCACACAUUUCUUUAUUAUUUACACGGUUAUAGGUUUGCAUGAAACUCUGCAAUGUAAAUUGCUACCCCAGUUUUCCUCCAAAAAUAUGCUAGGAAAUUGAAGUAAAAAUAUUGACAUGGAUCUAGUACCUGAAAUCAGUUUUUCUUGCCUACUGAAACUAGCAUCUGGUGGUAAAAAGGAUAGAUUCCCGAUUGUAACUGACUUUCAAAUCAAGGUUUAAAAUAUUUGAUUUUUCUGUUAUUUUACUAUUAUAAAUGUGUUGAAUUCUAAUAAAAAGGAUUAUCCACUUUCAGUAAAAAGUUGAGUAGUCCUGAAUUUGAUAGGUUUCACUACUUGGGAAGUUGAAUUUACAAUAAUAAUAAUGUGAAUUUACUUCAGUAUAGGCACUGUUUUAGUCAUUGUUUGAAAUUUUGGUCAUUGCAGCACCCCUAUGGUCACAUGAUCAGAAUUCGUGCACUUAGGAAUGCAAGGCCAUUGCAACAACUCCCACCCAGCUAUCUUUCCCCCCUCUCCCAUCUGUACUCUUUUGGCUGCUUGUCAUUUUGAACUCUGUGUCCCAGUUCACCUUUUCUACCUUCUUGUUUCUGCUGCCGGCAAGGCAUAUCUGGUUUAACUGCUGGGCUGCAUCUGGCUUCAUGAGGUAAAAGAGAAAAAGGAGUGCAAAGCAGCCACUCCUUCAGUUGGAUUGCACCUUUUUGCUACACUCUUGACCUAUAUAGGGCUUCGGGCUACAAAAAAAGGGAAGAAAAGUGCAGGGCAGCCAAAAGGUCAGAGAGAGUGAAUGGGGGGAAGUUGGAGGCGAUUCCUUAUCUUAUUGAGGCUUGGGGAUGGGAGGGACCAAGCCCAGAAUGGCUUGGAUUGGGAUGGGUUCUCAGGUAAUAACCAGUAAAAUUUGCUUAACAACAGCAAGAGGAUGGCUGAGAUUGUGAUCACUAAGUGAUACAGUCACAUGAUGUCUUGUUUUAUAACCACCCUGCUUAACGACCAAAAUUCCAGUCCCAAUUAUGGCUGUAAAUUGAGGGCUACCUAUUUAACUAACAAAGUAGCAUAUCUUUGCAUGUCAGUGUGAAUCAUAAUUGAACCAUAUUUGCUUUAGUGGAGCCAGAAUGCAAAUGUAUAUAAUGAUUUAACCCUUAGUGAAGAUUUUAUCAUGCAUUUGGAGUAACUGUAAAAUCUAUUAAAUUCCACUGAAUUUUGAGUACAGUCUUGUUUUCUUAGGAAUCUUAUAUUCACAGUAAAAGUAGGAUAUCUAUUUGAAAUAAAAAGCAGUCUUACAACUAUAA